AUGGUUUUCCGCCUGGGAGCGUUCUCCUUGACGGCUUUCAGGGGUUUUGGCGAAGCUUUUGUGUUUUCGCGGUCCGGCCUGAGCGUUGCAUUGAUUGGAGCCCUUAUGGCACCCGGGGAGAGAAAUCGGAGUCAGUUCGAAGAAGCCUGUCAAAGGGAUUACUUGUUCCAGGGCAAAAUAACUACUCUUAUUAAUCAUAAGGAUAAACCAAAGCGUUCAGACAAGACUCUGCAAGCAAUUCAGCGAGUGGGCCAAGCAGUUAACCUGGCAGUUGGAAGAUUUGUUACAGUAGGUGAAGCUAUAGCCAAUGAAAAUCAUGAAUUGAAAGAGGAAAUGAGUGUUGCUUGCAUCGAGGCAAGGAGAGCAGGUGAAACGAUCGCACAACUUACCGACGUGGCAAGCUUGGAUCAUCCAGAAUCUGAUAGCCACAUAACAAUCUUUACGGACAAAACGGGUGUGGUAAAAGCUGCAAGGUUGUUGCUUUCUUCUGUCACAAAGGUGCUGGUGUUAGCAGACAGAAUUGUUAUUAAGCAAAUUAUAACUUCCAGAAACAAGGUUCUUGCAACGAUGGAACAACUAGAAAAAGUCAAUAGUUUCCAGGAGUUUGUACAAAUAUUCAGCCAGUUUGGAAAUGAAAUGGUAGAGUUUGCCCAUUUAACCGGAGAUCGACAAAAUGAUUUGAAGGAUGAGAAGAAAAAAGCUAGAAUGGCAGCAUCUAGGGCUGUUCUUGAGAAGUGCACCAUGAUGCUCCUGACUGCUUCAAAGACUUGUCUGAGGCAUCCAGACUGUGAAUCUGCUCGUAUAAACAAAGAUGGAGUUUUUCAUCGCAUGAGAUUAGCUUUGGAACAGGUAAUAGAAAUUGUAACUGACUCUAGACCAAAUGGAGAAAAUGAAAUGUCCCCUAUCAGCAUAUAUUCUGGCAUCAAAGAAUUCAAGAAUAAGGUGGAGGGUCUUCGUGAGAAUCUUUAUUUUCUCUCAAAAGAGAACCUUUCAACAAUGCUGGAAGUUAUCCUGGAACAUACGGAGGACUUCACAGACUCUGCCUAUACCAGUCAUGAGCACCGAGAACACAUUUUGGAGCUGUCUAAACAGGCUAAAAUGGAACUAGAGCAGCUGGUUUCAGUGUGGAUGCAAGCUCAAAACCAGAAGACAAAGGAUCUCAUGGAAGACUUAGAAGUAGCCAUUUUAAAAACAUGCCAGUGCAUGAAUGAACUUAAAAGAGAGGUCCACAGUGCAGCAACAUCUUUGGCAGCAGAUCUGCUAAAAUACCAUACAGAUCAUAUGGUUCUCAAAGCGUUAAAAAUCACAGGAGUAGAAGGAAAUCUUGAAGCUGUAGCAGAAUAUACUUGCAAGCUAUCAGAGCAGAAAGAACAACUUGUUGAGAUGUGUCGUUUAUUGAGGCAUGUUUCUGGAACUGAGCCUCUCGAGAUUACUUGCAUACAUGCAGAAGAUACCUUUCAGGUCACUGGCCCACAGAUAAUUUCUGCUGCAGAAACACUGGCAUUACAUCCAUCUAGCAAGAUUGCAAAAGAAAAUCUUGAGGUGUUCUGUGAGGCUUGGGAGUCUCAACUGAGUGACAUGUCUCUAUUGUUAAGAGAAAUCAACGAUGUGUUUGAAGGAAGAAGAGGAGAGAAGCGUGUCUACCUAUCACUGCCCAGACCAGGGAAGCAUAAUGCAAAUCUGAAAGCAUUAAAGCCAGUCAAACUAGAUACUGAGGAACAGGCGAAAAUUGCAAAACUUGGAUUAGAACUGCAUCUGCUCACAUCUGAUGUGGAUUCUGAGACCGAGAAAUGGGAGGAUCAGGAGAACGAGAUUGUGCAACAUGGACAAGGCAUGUCAAGUAUGGCCUACUCCAUGUAUUUAUUUACCAGAGGAGAAGGACUUCUGAAAACUACUCAAGAUUUAUUUCAUCAAGCAGAGAUUUUUGCUACAGAGGGCACAAAGCUUGCUUCAGCUCUUCAGGCCUUUUCUGAUCAGGUACACGAUGAUGAUAAACCUUUGCUUCUCUUGGAAGCUGAAAAACUGAUCUCUAUGUGCAAGCAGCUCCAGAUAACAGCUAAAGCUUCCGCUCAGGGUAAAAGCGCUACAUUUACAAAGGUUGAUGCAUGCAUUCUGAAAACAAGGAACGUGAUGACUCUGUUAUGCCAACUUCUUCCACUUUGCUGCAAAUUACUGAGAAAGAAUAAAGCAGGAAAUGGCUGCCUUAAACCUGCUCCACCGUGGAAAGAAGACAGAAUACGAACUGGUACAAAUGCACAUACUCCAGAAAGGAGAGCUGAGACAUUUGGCAUCAAGUCAUUAGAAAACCAUGUAACGAACAUGACAUUUUUAGAGAGCAAGUAA